CAGAGCUGCCACUAUGCCCGCAGCAUUGGCCGGCGUGGUCGCAAGCCGAGCUCUAGGAAAGCUACGCGGCAACCAUCAGGUUCGAGAACCAUUCGGCAACGUCCAGAUGACCAUGAUACUCGGGAUGGCGAUGGUGAUUCAUCUGAAGCCAACCAGGAGCUGGAGCAAAACAUACAUCCGCAGCUUCGUCAACAACAACAACAACAACAACAACAACAACAGGAGCAGUUGCAAACACAACCAGACGAGAACUUGGAAGCAACAUCACGCGGGAUUGCAAAUCAUGACCCAAUAGCUGCUGCUCAAAAUAUCUUGAACGCAGAUGAGGAUAUCAGUCAUUUGUAUGCUUCGCGCGUGUUACAGGACGAUGCUAGCGGGGCUACGAACAACCACAACUCUUUCUCAUCACACACUGAUACGGCACUACCUCAUUCAUUGGAAAGCACGACAACGACAUUAGCAUCCGGCCAAGCAUAUCACGUGGAUGGGAAUCAGUCUGCUUUCCAUGCUCUACCUGAUCUCUGCCUUGAGACGGCACCCGUUCCCAAUAUCCUUGCACCGCCGCAGGGCCCACGUGUUUCCGUAUCACCUGCACACGGGCAGAACCGUUCAGGAGAUCAAGGUGGCUGGUUUACAACUGCACCAUCACAAACAACAGCGCUAUGCCGAGAUACCAAUAGCACCCGGGGAUGUCGAUAUAAAUGUCUUAGGCCCAUUGUCCCUAUGCUAGAAGGCAUUAUUGACGCUGAUCUUGCAUGCGAGCUGCUGGAGCUUUACUUCGUCGAGCCUGGCGGAUCCUUGUUUCGAUGUUCCUCACCCUAUGUCCUCGUUCACGUCCUGAGAAAAGAGUCUCUCCUCCGAUCUACUAACCCUCGAAGAUCCACACCAGCACUGUUGGUCACGAUGCUCUGGGUCAGCGCGCAAACAGUUGAGAGCUCAUUGUUUCUGCUGCCAGGUCAAAAGUCGCGCGUUUGUGAGGGGUUGAGAAAGUUGAUGAUGGGUUUGAUCCAGGAUAGAGAUCGUGACCUCUGGAAUAGGACUACUGACGGGCCUCUGGUUAAGGACUUCAAAUUUCCUGCCUCGGCUGAUGCCACAUUUGGCAGCUUGCAUCAGACAAACCCACACGACUACGACUAUCAGUUCUCAUGCACUUCAGCAUCUCCGCCUAUGCCCCUGAUAGAUGAUGUCCUCAUGUUCGUCCUCCUUACCAUCGUGGUUUCGGGCGGUGACUUCAAGACGGACUGCAUCAGGUGGUGGAACAAGGCACUGCGUCUGUCCAACAACAUGUGCCUGAACCGAGAAGACACUCCCGAAGACAAGCCGUCGGGAGCAGGAUCAACCAUGUGUACAGGGGGCAAGACGAACGCGCCAUGUGUGUGUAGACCUUGUGAGGCUGCGCGUACGGGGUUGUCAAUACCGGAAAUACAAGAAGAGCGCCGACGGGUGUUUUGGCUGAUCUUCUGUCUCGAUCGGCACUUGGCUCUCGCCUUCAAUGCGCCCUUACGCAUUCUUGAUGACGAGUGCCAAUUAUACGCACCUCUGUCAGACCAGGCUUGGGAGUCUCUGUCACUUUCAGGAAAUUCUACAAUUACAAGCGAUAACCCGAUAGCUGUUGAUGACUCGCAGCAGCAGCAACAGCAUCCAGGACGCGGUUUCGGGGCCCCAACACGAGUUUCAGGAAUCAGUUUCUUCGAGUACUUUUUACCCCUCAUGACAAUUCUAGGCGAUGUUAUCCAGCUGCACCGUCAAAAAUGCCAUCCCAGGUUUGGCAAUAUGCGGCAGUCAAGGAACAACACGAACGGCGGUAUCGGAGGAGAACAGCAACAUGAUAACGAAGAUGAACAUAGCACGGCCACGGCCAUGAUAGAGCAGAUCAUGGCUGAUUGUGCGCAGAGCAUUGCUGACUUGGCCGACUUGUACCAAGUUGAUGCCCUCGACGGCGCGACGAUCCCAUCCAGUCAAGUCCGCACUCCAAGCACCGUGAAUUCCUCUCAAUACGACGAGACAUUUCAACUUGCGCACAACGUCCGCCGUGAUAACAACGACACUCGCCACCACUCCAAUACUACUGCAUAUCACAGUCGGCGAGCACCAUCCCACCGCCAGCAUGCACAGGCAGAGCUCGUCACCGCAUAUAGCACUUUCAUCCUCCACGUCCUUCACGUUCUUCUGCACGGAAAAUGGGAUGCAGUCUCGAUGUUGGAUAACAAAGACGGAUGGAUCCCUUCUGUAGGAUUUAUGAAGUGUGCUUCACAUGCUAUAGCCGCGUCAGAUGCCAUGUCACGUAUCUUGGCCUGCGACCCAGAGCUAUCGUUCAUGCCGUAUCUAUUUGGCAUCUAUUUGCUACAUGGAAGCUUUAUUUUACUCUUGUUUGCCGAUCGUAUGCCUCAACUUGGUCCCAAUGAGGCUGUUGAGAAGGCCUGCGAGAUUAUUAUACGGGCCCAUGAGGUUUGUGUGGUCACGUUGAGCACCGAGUUUCAGAAACGCUUCCGCAAGGUUCUUCGUUCAACAUUAUACAGCGUACAGAGUCCCGGGACUUCUCAUGUGGAGGAGAGCAAAGCACGCCGACGAGUUCUGUUGUUAUAUAGGUGGAAUAAUGGGUCUACUGGUCUGGCAUUGUAG